GUGGUGGUUUCCCAGCGUGAACCAUGGCUGGCCAUGUGUGCGACACAUGAUUGCUAAUGAUGUUUGCCUUUGGAGUGUGGCCUGCGAACGCCGAACAAACUACCGCUUUUGUGGCCCGAAUGGCAACCCCCGCUGCUUGCUUUGACCAGCAUUUGUCCAGUGAUGUCUUUGACAACAACUACUUUGGCUUCCUCCGGUAUGAGAUGUGCUGCAAGGAGACAUCGGUUCUGACGACUUCAGCCAACUGUAAUGAUCAACACCACCCUUAUGUUGGGGGAAAAAAAGCCCCGCCCCCUCUCCUUCCAGUGCUGGGAGGUUCUAUAGUCCAGAGUCGCUGCUCUGCCAUUGUUGUUCCUCUCCGGGACGUCGGCGUGUGUGGACUGUGUGGUCGGCCCCGUCCUAGCGAGCGAGCGGCGCUCUGUCUGCUAUGACGGGCUCCGCUCCGAGGUUGGGGGUUCUGCUGCUGGUGGCAGUUCUUCUGCAGACAGUGGUGGUCACCAUCACCGUGCUGCACUUCUCCACUUCGCUCAACGCGAUGAAGGAGACGUUCGCCAGGAGUAGCGUAUCCUGUCUGAAAGGUUCUGACCUGCACGGCAUCUCAGCUGUCCAAGGUGACCCGUGUUGGAAGGUCACGCAGCAGCUUCACCUCCUCAUCGAGAAGUCCUUGUCCCAGCGUUAUCAGAAGCAGAUCUCCUCAGCGGUGAGAGAUGAAGUAUCUCGGGUUCUGCCCUCCCUUGUGACAGAGGACAAGUCAUUGCCUCGGCCCCAAGUAGCCGCCCACGUCACGGGAAGUUUCAUCCCUGAGCUGGUGCGAGGAGACGGUGCUGCAGUGACCGGCGGCAGGCGAGUUCACGGCCAGAAGAUCACGUGGUGGGAGGGCCAAAAGGGGCUGGCCUUCCUCCAGGACGUCCAGCUGGUGGAUGGCGAGCUUGUGGUGCCACGUCCUGGCCUCUAUUACGUCUACGCCCAGACGUACUUCAGACACACCAACUCCUUGGAGGUCGACUCUUUGGAGGAGGAUGAAACAGUGGGGGACACGGGAAGACCUCUGCUGCAGUACAUCUAUAAAAAGGUGAGCACCUACCCUCUUCCCAUCCUGCUGAUGAAGACGAGCCGCACCUCCUGCUGGUCCCGGGAAUCCCAAUUCUCACUGCACUCAGCCCACCAGGGGGGCCUUUUCCUGCUCAGCCCCGGGGACCGCCUCUUUGUCACAGUGACCAACGCCUCCGCUGUGGACAUGGAUGAGAAAAGCAGCUUCUUCGGGGCGUUUCUAAUCAGCUAAGACACCCAAGGACCACAGAGGGGGCGCUGUCGGGCUUUUAACGGAACCUGUAAAGUCAACACUUGGCGAAUGCUGACGCACGGGGACGCAAUGGCACAGGUAUGAUGGUGCAACACUCCUGCACUACCCAGCGCAGCCACUAGUGGGCUCCCAUCCACAGCAACAAACGCUACACCUUAUGAAGCAGCGUUCAAAGGUGACAAGCUUUAACUAAAGUUAGAUUUUGCUAUUUGACAAUCACUAACAUACUUUUUGUAAAUCCUACAAUAUUUCUCAGGCACUUAAACAGUCCAUUAAUCUAUGUAAAGAUUCUAACUUUUUGGUCAUCUAUUGUCCAUCAGAAACUGGGUGUAAAUAUGAACGUCCUUAGCGAAAUAGCCCAACUCGAAAUGUGGGUGGGGACACAUUGUUAUAACUGUUCAAUUUUAUAACUGGAGCUAAGUGGUCCCGACAGCCAAACAUCCCACGAUCAUGAAUGCAGCAUUGUUUUAAAAUGGUUUAGAUCAAUCAAUUUUGAUAAUUACAUUUUAAUGUAUAAAACAUGGCUACGAAGUUGUAAAUCACAUGUGAAUGUAAAUAGGUUUUAUCUGUAAAUGUGUGAAAUAAAUGUAUGUACAAAUUACUGUGAAAUACUUUUUGUGUCAAGUAAC